AUAAGCUUCCGCCCUGACUGAGCUGUGUGUGUGUGUCAGAGUGUGAGUCAGAGUGUAAGGAUGAAGAUCGCCGUGCUGGGAGCCACGGGACAGACCGGACAGUAUCUGGUCAACCAGGCGCUGCAGCAGGGCCACACCGUAACCGCCAUCGUCAGGAACCCCGCCAAACUCACCGUGCAUCAUGAUAACCUCAAGGUGGUGGAGGCUGAUAUUUUCUCAGCAGACAGUCUGAAGACUCACUUCAAAGGACAGGAUGUGGUCAUGUCCUGCCUCGGCUUCCCGGCCUCCUUCUUCUCUGGGGUUUCAGGCUACACCUUGUCAAUGACCAGCAUGAUCAGCGCCAUGCGAGAGGCCCGGGUCAACAAGAUCAUCACCAUGACCUCCUGGUACACAGAGCCUAACUCUGGAGCGCAGUCAUCUUUUCUGAUUCGAUUCCUCCUGCUGCCGAUGAUCCGCAGCAUCCUCACCAACAUGCAUGAGAUGGAGAAGUUACUGCACAAGACCGAGGACAUCAGCUGGACGGUGGUUCGCCCGCCUGGUCUGAAGAACCUGCAGGCUUCAGCUCAAGAGUUUCUGACCCAUGAGGGGUACUUUGUGCCCGACGGCAGUGGUCUCCCUGUAGGCAGCGCAGUGGGAAGAGGAGACGUGGCUCGCUUCAUGCUCUCUCUACUCAACUCCAACGCCUGGGUCAACAAGGGAGUCGCCAUCACUACCAAAUAAAAAAUAAGAAGCCAGUGUUGCCCUGAUUAAAACAGUCGGUUCACCCAAAGUACAACACAUAUUUUUUACUCACCAAUAUCUGGUUAUAUCUACCAAUUUUUCUUAAGAUGUUGAGGUUGUUUUUCUUUUGCCUCCAUUCCAAUGCGACAGAGCAAAAUGUAGUUUUUUAGUCCACUUCCCUUCUGUUUUUUGUCACUGGCAGGGCGUGGUAAACAGCGACAUAGCUCUGAUAAAACCACUAUAAGCUAUCUGCUCUGCACUUAAAAACAGACAAAGCAAAGAAUGAAUAUUGGAAUUGAAUGCAUCGUUUUAGAAGAAGCAAGACUCCAAUUAAUUGUUGUUGCUUCUUUUCACAAGUUCACAUCAUUAUAAGGUGAUAAAACGUCAUGGAUGUGGAUCGAAGUGAUCGGAAAUCUUAAAAAUUCACAUCACCAAGUUAAAGAGUUAAAAGAGAAGAUUCAUGUUUUGUAAUUUGGGUGAACAAAUGUGCAGUCUUUCAUCUUUCAACAUGGUGUAAAAUAUAUAUCUAUGCCUUAAAUAGCUUAAUAUGUCUUAAUGUCUUUUUUCAUACGCUUGUUUUUAGAUGAUCUUAAACCUUCAUCGAUAACUUUAUUAUCAAAGAGUUUUGGUGUUUGGACAUAACAUCAGUGGUAACAACUUAUUCAUUUAAGAGGGUUGUAUUUGGACAGCUUUGUGUUGUUACUGACAGAUAAUACUGCACAGUGUAUUCACACGAGUACUCUAUAUCCAAAUGUGUACUGUAUCAGUUCUGUAAAAUAAACGCACAAUAAUAAACCUGA